AUGUCUCACCUCCCACCGUCGACCGCCAUCUUUUCUCCCUCAAUAGCACGCAUUGCUGCCACUACUGCCAAGGACUGGAACUACGUUGACUGUUGGCUUACCGCCAAAUUCCACGGCCGAGCAGUCCCGCCUUUUGAGCGGAAUCCAGAAACCCUCAAGGCCCUCCUCGCCCUAGCUUCGCUGAAUGAGACUGCGGAUGAGGAACGUGAACUCGUCUCUAGGGCUGAGGCUGCCGCUCUGCAUCAAAUCAGCGAAGCUUGCCAUGAACCCGAAGCGCGCCUCUCUGAAUUGCCCCCAACGGCCACCGUCCGCGAGAGGCUUCUGACUGCCGUUCAGGAUCACCUCACCCGAGAGGGUAGCACUGCCCUCAACUCUAUGGCGACACUUUCAUGCCAGCUUUCCGUGGCGUGCCCGGACGCCGAAACCCUCGGCCGGUCUAUGAUAAAUCUCCAUGCCCGAGCGUCCGAACUCGAGCAAAUGAGAGUUCGUGUGCACAUACUACUGAAGUACAUUGAGCAAGAGUCUACUACUGCAGACGAGCUUCUGCGAACGCUGCGCAGCGACGACUACAAACCCACCAACGACCUUGCCCGCCAGAAUUUGGACAUGCAAAGGAGAAUCAAGGCCAUGGCCGCUCGUUUGCCCGAGCUGAAGGACCGAAUUUCAAGUGCGAACCAGUCGCACAUCUCUGACCAACCCGCCAUUGAGCAAAUCAUACAGGAAGAAAGCAAGUAUCUUGAGCUCUUGGCCCAGAGGAGAGGAUUGGAUGCCCACGUUACCCAAUUUUCGAGCCUUCCAGACGACGUCCAGAGGGCUCGGCUUCAACUUGAAAAUCUUCGCACCGAUCUCCGUGCCAUUAUCCGGCGCCGAGACACCAUUUUCGAGGGCUUGGUCGAACGCGAGAGUCCCCGCAAGGACCGAUGA